AUGGCCGAUGAUAUCGCUGACGACCCGGUGCCCAAGUCCCCCGUUAAGGCCAAGGACCCACUGGCCAAGAAAGCCGCCGCCGCCUCCACUCACCCCCCGACGGCCCAGAUGGUGAACGACGCCAUCAAGAGCAUGAAGGAACGCGGAGGCUCGUCGCUGCGCGCCAUCAAGAAGUUCAUCGCGAGUAAGUACGAAGUGGACGCCAAAAAACUGGCGCCGUUCAUCCGCAAGUACCUGAAGUCAGCCGUCAAUAAGGGCGACUUGGUGCAGACCAAAGGCAAAGGCGCGUCCGGCUCUUUCAAGCUGAAUCCGGCCGUGAAUGAGAAAGCGAAGGUAGUCAAGUCCAAGAAGCAGCCAGCGAGCGAGAGGGUGAAGCUCAAGACUGCAGGUGGCAAACCCAAGAAGGCCGCGGCCACCAAGGAGAAAAAAAGCAUGACUACAAAAGUUAUGUUGAAGAAAGGGGCAAAGUCUUCGACAAAGGAGAAGAAGGUCAUGGCCAACAAGCCCAGCAAGUCACCCAAGGAGAAGAAGCAACUGACCAAAAAGAAGGCCCCAGCCAAGAAGACCCCUGCCAUGAAAACCUUCCUGAAAAAAGCCGCCGCCAAGAAAGCAUAA